GGGCAGCGGAUUACACAUGCAGGUGAGAGAUAGGAUGUUAGCUGGGGAGGCGAGUAUGCGCAGCCCAAUCCUGGCCUGCUGGCAGCCAAUUCUCCUCCUGAUGCUGGGAUCCAUCCUGUCCGGCUCUGCCACGGGCUGCCCUCCGCGCUGCGAGUGCUCUGCCCAGGAGCGUGCUGUGCUGUGCCAUCGGAAGCGAUUCAUGGUCGUCCCGGAGGGGAUCCCGACGGAGACCAGGCAGCUAGACUUGGGUAAGAACCGCAUCAAGACGCUCAACCAGGAUGAAUUUGCCAACUACCCUCACCUUGAAGAGCUGGAGCUAAACGAGAACAUUAUCAGUGCCAUUGAACCUGGGGCUUUCAACAACCUCUUCAACCUCAGGACGCUGGGGCUCAGGAGUAACAGACUCAAGCUGAUCCCCUUGGGGGUGUUUACUGGACUCAGCAAUCUUACCAAGCUAGACAUUAGUGAGAACAAAAUUGUGAUCCUCCUAGACUACAUGUUCCAGGACUUGUACAACCUGAAGUCUUUGGAGGUAGGGGACAACGACCUUGUCUACAUUUCCCACCGGGCCUUCAGCGGCCUCAACAGCCUGGAGCAGCUGACCCUGGAGAAAUGCAACCUGACCUCCAUCCCCACGGAGGCCCUGUCUCACCUGCACGGCCUGAUUGUGCUGCGGCUGCGCCACCUGAACAUCAACGCCAUCCGGGAUUACUCAUUCAAGAGGCUGUACAGGCUUAAGGUCCUCGAGAUCUCACACUGGCCCUACUUGGAUACCAUGACAUCCAACUGCCUGUACGGGUUGAACCUGACCUCCUUGUCCAUCACCCACUGCAACCUGACGUCCAUCCCGUACGUGUCGGUGAGGCACUUGGUUUACCUCCGCUUCCUGAACCUGUCCUACAACCCCAUUGUCACCAUCGAGGGCUCCAUGCUCCAUGACCUGCUCAGGCUGCAGGAGAUCCAGCUGGUGGGAGGGCAGCUCACCACGGUCGAGCCCUUUGCCUUCCGUGGCCUCAAUUACCUGCGCAUCCUGAACGUGUCAGGAAACUUGCUGACCACUCUGGAAGAGUCGGCCUUCCACUCGGUGGGCAACCUGGAGACGCUCAUCCUCGACAACAACCCCUUAGCCUGCGACUGUCGGCUGCUGUGGGUUUUCCGACGGCGAUGGAGGUUGAACUUCAAUAAGCAGCAGCCCACCUGCUCUACCCCCGAGUUCGUCCAGGGCAAGGAGUUCAAAGACUUCCCUGACGUCCUCCUGCCCAACUACUUCACCUGCCGCCGGGCUCGGAUACGGGACCGCAAACCUCAGCAGAUCUUUGUGGACGAAGGCCACACGGUGCAUUUUGUCUGUCGGGCAGACGGGGAUCCGCCACCCGCCAUCAUGUGGCUUUCUCCCCGGAAGCACCUCAUCUCGACCAAAACCAACGGGCGGCUCACUGUCUUCCCUGACGGCACGCUGGAGGUGCGCUACGCUCAGAUCCAGGACAACGGCACCUACCUAUGCAUUGCCAGCAACGCGGGUGGCAACGACACCAUGCUGGCCCACCUGCACGUGCGCAGCUACUCCCCAGACUGGCCCCACCAGCCCAACAAGACCUUCGCGUUCAUCUCCAACCAGCCCAACGAGAGCGAUGCCAACAGCACACGUGCCACCGUGCCUUUUCCCUUUGACAUCAAGACUCUCAUCAUCGCCACCACCAUGGGCUUCAUUUCUUUCCUGGGCGUCGUGCUCUUCUGUCUGGUGCUCCUCUUCCUGUGGAGCCGGGGGAAAGGCAACACCAAGCACAACAUUGAAAUCGAGUAUGUGCCACGCAAGUCUGACGCAGGCAUCAGCUCUGCCGACGCACCGCGCAAAUUCAAUAUGAAAAUGAUUUAACCAGGCAACAAUUUGCAAAUAGUUUUGGUUGGCAUUGUUUUUUUUUGGUUGUUGUUUUUUUUUUUGUUUCCUUUUUUUUUUUUAAAAAAAAAAAAGAGAACAUAUGAACAAAUAAAAAAAUAAUUUAAAAACAUUGGUACAAACAUACCGACCUCUCUCCUUCCACCACGCCCUCCGUCCCAGUCCAAACUCUCUGCACCCGCACCGUCACCACCUCUUUCUCCUCCUCUUCUUCUUUAUACCAGGAAAACAUUCAGCCGAUGUCUUCAGGACUCCUGUGUUUGUAAGGACUUUGUCUGAUGGACUCUGGUGUCAGAUAUAAUUCUGAGAGGGAAAAACAACAAGG